GUUAUGUCUUUUCUUAUGCUUUGACGCUGUCUCGGUGUUGAAAAUUAACUUGGCUAAAUAAGAGUUAGUCCUUGUUGGCGUUGUGGAAGAUGUUGGAGGCUUGGCUAUCCUUGGUUGUAGGGUGUCUUAUUUGCCUAUGAAGUACCUGGGCCUUUCGUUGGGGGCUUUGUUUGAGAACAAAUCUAUCUAGGAUAGUAUUAUUGAAAAGAUGAAACGUCAUUUAGCAAGCUGAAAGAGACUUUUAUUUAUCUAAGGGUGGUAGGAUCACUUUGAUUGAAAGCACUCUUUCCAAUUUGAGUCCUAUGGGAUUGGGGUAUGGAAAAACAUUAGAGUGGGGUGGGGGGUUUUCUUUAGAUUUGUAAGAUCAGGUUUUGGCAUGAUGUAUGGUGUGGAGAUUAGACCUUGAAGGCAGCUUUCUAGGUGUCAUUUAGUAUUGCUCGCUAUAAGAAGACCUUAGUAGCAAGUCAUGCACAGCUUUCUAAUGACACUUUAUAGUGGAAUAUUACUUUUAUCAUGUUAGUGCAUGAUUAGGAGGUGAAGUGGUCAUUUCUUUCUUUAAUCUUUUGUGCUCUCUUAGGUUGAGACGAGGUGUCGAGGAUAAAGUUUGUUGGAUCACUUCCAAAAGACAGACAUUUGAGAUCAUAUGCUAUUACAUUGCGUAGUCCCCCUCUGGCUCUCAUUUUUCUUAGAGGAGCAUUUGGAGAAAUAAGGCUCCCUCGAGAAUGACAUUCUUUGUUUGGACGACAAUGUUUGGAAAGAUUUUGACAUUAGAUAACCUGAGAAAGAGGCACAUCAUAAUGAUAGAUUAGUGUUGCAUGUACAAGAAGUGCAAAGAAUCCAUUGAUUAUCUCUUGUUCCACUUCGAAGUUGCUAGAGAUUUGCAUGUAGUUAUGCCCCAAUUGGUGGUGGAGAUUUGGGCUAGUUGGAGAGGUCAGUUUGGCAGCCAUCACAAUUUAGAAGUCUGGAGGACGCUUUCUUUGUGCAUAAUGUGGUGUAUUUGGAGAUAACGCGAGUAUUUUGAAGAUUGUGAGAGAAUGGUCAUAGAGUUGAAAGCUAUCAUGUUCAAGUCUCUUUAUGUGUGGAUGGCUGCCUACAUUAGUUCUCGCUUUUCUAAUAUUCUAGAAUUUUUGGUUUUUUGUUCUUUUGCUUCCUAGUUGGACGUCUCUCUUGCAUACUGCCUGUGCACUUGGGUUGUGCCCCUUUACACUUCUAAUAAGAUUGAAUUAAUUAUAAAUAGAAAUCAUUGGUUUCAUUUGUUGUAAUUAAAAAUUCACUCAUUUAUGCUAGAUGGACAAUUAUUUAUGUAGUUUCAGAUUGAUAUUUCCUUGAAUUGAUAAUGCACUUUCAAAUAUGUUUAAGGCUUGCAUUACUUUGUCUGCAUAGUCACCAUAGCUCAGAAUGUUGGCUAUUAUUUCUGUCCAAGUUCUCUCUCCUGAGACUAGCUGGCAGAGAACAAUAAGAAAUUAAAGCUUCCAUCAUUCCUUUUACUGUUGAAUCCAUGAGGAAGUUUGACUGAAAAAGGUUAAUUAUAGAAUCUCUCAAGUAUGAAAAAAAUUUAAAUUAAUCCAAUCUGUACAUCUUAAUGUCUCCAAAAAAAGUCUGGAAAAUGGGUGCCAACGGUGUCAAUGGAGGUGAAGGCAUUUCUACGUGGAGUUGGUUUGGUGGUUGGAUUCUUAAUUUUUUUUUUGGUAGAAAUGUAUAAAUAUAUUGAAGAUUAUACUAUAUAUAAGGGACAACCAACAGUAGACCGUAUUUUACUCUUAAAGACAGUGAAAAUCCCAAAGCACUAGAAUAUAGGGUUGGACUUUCUACUUAUGAUAACAAAAUUUGGAGCAUGGUGGGAUAAACCAUGCUUUAAUCUAUACUGCCCCAUUACUCUCUUGGCUGAUUGAUCUUUAUAUCUUUCGUGCCUGUUGAAGCUUUGUUUUCUUUACCUAUUGUAACCAGUUACAUGAAUUUAAUUUCUUUUACAGUGCUCAAGAUGAGCUUUAUAGACAUUGUGGACUUAUCUAGUGAUGAUGAAUGUGGACAUCUGAAUGUGAAAGCUGUUAAGUUGGAGCCUGGUAUUGUUGGGGGCAGAAUACAACAGAAAGAGAAUAAGGUUCAACUAGUGAAGCGUCACAAAUCUCAAACCCAAUGUGGAAGGCAAGAAUCUGAAGAAAAUAGAGGCUCAAAUGCUUUAAGUACUGGUAAAAGUAGCUCUAGAAUAUGGGAUCAAGGGCAGUCUCCAGUGGAUGAUACAAGUCUUCCUUCCACAUCACCUACGUGUCCUGCACCACUUUGUAGGCAAUUCUGGAAAGCUGGGAACUAUGAUGAUGGGCUUGGUUCUAAAGUCUCACUUCAAAAUGGCAAAAACUAUCUACAUGUCCACCCGUUGUUCCUUCAUUCAAAUGCCACUUCACAUAAGUGGGUCUUCGGCGCUGUAGCAGAACUGCUUGACAACGCAGUUGAUGAGAUCCAAAAUGGAGCCACUUUUGUCCUUGUAGAUAAAACCACAAAUCCAAAGGAUGGAGGUCCAGCAUUGUUAAUCCAAGAUGAUGGUGGUGGAAUGGAUCCUGUAGCAAUCAGGCGUUGUAUGAGUUUUGGGUUUUCAGACAAGAAAUCUAAAUCAGCCAUUGGACAAUAUGGAAACGGCUUCAAGACUAGUACGAUGAGACUUGGCGCAGAUGCUAUCGUCUUCAGCCGCCACCUGAAUAACAGGACAAUGACUCAAAGCAUCGGUCUCCUCGCUUAUACAUUUUUGACAAAAACAGGCCAUGACAGAAUAGUAGUACCCAUGGUGGAUUAUGAAUUUAAUGCAUCAACUGGCGCACUGGACAUAUUACAUGGUAAAGAACAUUUUAUGUCUAACCUUUCCAUGCUGUUGCAGUGGUCUCCAUUUUCAACAGAAGCAGAGCUUUUAAAGCAAUUUGAUGACAUUGGGGCUCAUGGCACAAAGGUUAUUAUCUACAAUUUAUGGUUCAAUGAUGAUGGUGAUGUUGAACUUGACUUUGAAUCAGAUCCUGAGGAUAUUCGUGUUAGUGGGGAGACCAAGAAAAUUGGCACAAUCCCUGGUUGGAAGACAGUAAAUGAACAGCACAUUGCCAAUCAAUUCCAUUAUUCUCUCCGUGUAUACCUGUCCAUCUUAUACUUGCGAGUUCCUGAAAGAUUCAACAUUAUAUUGCGAGGGCGAGUUGUUGAGCAUCAUAAUAUUGCCCUUGAUCUCAAAUUCCCAGAAUUCAUCUUGUACAGACCUCAAUCUGGUGGAUGUGUGGAGGGUCAAGUUAUAACUUCAAUUGGAUUUCUUAAAGAAGCUCCACUUGUGGGUUUUCACGGAUUCAAUGUCUACCAUAAGAACCGUCUAAUACUGCCGUUUUGGCAGGUUCUGAGCUAUCAAAACAGUAGGGGUAGAGGGGUUGUUGGUGUAUUGGAAGCAAAUUUCAUUGAACCGACUCAUAACAAGCAAGAUUUUGAGAGAACUUCCCUUUUCCAAAAGCUUGAAGCUCGAUUGAAGGAAAUGACAUUUGAAUACUGGGAUUAUCAUUGUGGACUAAUUGGGUACCAUUCCAACAAAAUCCCUCGAGUACCAGUGACCCCGCAGGUUUCAUCCCAUUGUAUGCCACACUCUAGCAAACAACUUGACAUGUCUAAGAUAAAUUCGCCUGCUAUUAGUGGUUUAGAAGCAGCACUUGGAAGAUCAGAGCAAUCAAUAUCCAAGUCUCAAAGCAUAUCUGAACUCGGAUUACGUGUGAAGAGGAAGGAACAUGGUGAUAUAAUAGAGGUAGAAAAAGCAAAACGGCAGGCAGUGGAAGUGGUCAAUGUAACUGAUUCUGGGCAUUGUCAGGAUAUACAGGCACUGAAUGCUGCCGAUAAUCAGCCGAAAGAUCAAGAGACUGUAAACUUGUUGCAAGCAAACAAGAAGCUGCAUGCAGAAUGUUUGGAAUAUGAGAAGAGGGAGGAAGAACUUAAACUCAAGGUGACACAGCUCAAAAUUGAAAUAGAGGAGGUUCAACAUGAAUAUGAUCGGAUGUUGAGUGAAUUAAAAUCCCUAAGCACUGUGAAGGAUGAAAAGAAUGCUUUAAUAUAGAUUCUGUUUGCUCUUUUUAUCCAAUUCCUUCAUUUAUA